AUGGAUCUGACAUUACUGCUACUAGAUGAAGAUUCCUUGCAUGAUCAUGUCUUUGAGCGUUAUAUCGAAUUGAACUCGAAUUCAGAAACAUUGAAACAGGAUCUGGGUAUUUUGAAUAGAUCGGAAACUACACUCACGAUCGAUAUUGAACCAUAUAUUGGUUUGGAUGAUACCAGUCGUUCAAACGGCAAUUCUAAGAAUGAUAGAACCAAGAAGAGAGAUAAAAAUAGGUCGAAGAAAAAGGAGAGUGCUUUCAAUAACGAUUUUUAUUCGUUGAAUAUAGAACAAUCACUCACUAGUUUGAACUCAUCAAAGGAUAAUAACAAUUCAACAACUGGUUAUGUUUUAUGGUCAACAACACCUUUUUUUUUGAGAUGGCUAUUGUAUCAUCCAACAGCAUCAGUUUUCAGAAAUGGAGGUGAUCUAGAAGUCAUUGCUAUGGAUUCACAAAUUGAAGCUCUCAAAUUACCUCACCAUUCAAUAGUUGAUUCUAAACUGAAAGUACCUCCAAUAAUCAAUUACGAUAAUAGUAAUAGAGAAGGCUUCGAUUGUAGUAUAAUUGAGUUAGGUUCAGGGGUAUCCGGAAUGACUGCAGUCGUGUUGAGUAAUUUUGUUAACGACUAUAUAGCUACAGAUCAGAAGGGAAUUAUAAGCAAGUUAAAACAAAACAUAAGCGAGAACCUUGUGCAGAUAAGUAAAAAGGAAUGUGUGUCUAGAAGUAUGGAUAUCGGAAGUGAAAUCGUUCUUGAACAAAAUUCAGAGACGGAGGCCCAUAAGAAGCCUGUUGUCAACCUAGAAGUUAUGCCAAUCGAUUGGGAAACUUUUGACAUAUCUAAACCUGCACUGCUUCCUAUGGAUUUCAUUAGAAUAUCCCAAAGUUCCAAUGUUGUUACAAUAAUUGCAAUGGAUGUGAUUUAUAAUGAAUACUUGAUCGACUAUUUUUUGAAAACCUUAAUUCAACUAAUCGAUUUUUUUAAGAAGAAAAAUAUUCAAACACACUGCCUUAUUGGUAUUCAUUUGAGAUCACAAGAUAUUAUAACUGAAUUUCUAGAAAAAGCUAUAAUAGAAAACGAUUUAAAAGUCUUUUCAUUAACGAAUGAUUACUUAAAUUCUUCCAGAUUUUCUUUUUAUUAUAUAUAA